AUGGACGCUCCAAUCUCUGAACAUUCUCUUCAUGAUCAAGAGCUUGAACAGAUACAGUGGAAUAAUCCCCGAGAAAAGCUAAAUCCCCGAAACUGGCCAGUAUGGAAGAAGUUGUUCCACGCUGUUGUGCCAUGCAUCGUGGCGUUUGUAAUCACCUUUGGAACAUCUGUCAAUGACGCCGCGGUAGAAAUACUCGCAAGGAAGUUCGACGUCUCUCAGGCACUCUCUAUGCUCACACUUACGCUGUAUACGCUUGGUUUAGCAUUCGGGCCGCUUGCAGGCGCCAGGGCCGCAAGCAACCUCGCAACUCUCCUCAUAUGCCGUGAGUUGGCUGGAUUCUUUGGGUCCGCUCAAGUAGCGCUUGGUGCAGGAACUCUAGCUGAUAUCUGGCAUCUGGAGAAGGAAGGCAGUCCCUCAUCCCUAUUUUCCAUCCUGGGAAUGUUUCUAGGGCCCACGGUGGGUUCUGUUGCAGGCGCCUAUGCCCUUCAGGACCACCAUUGCGAGUGGAGAUUCACACAGUGGGUAAUGGUGAGAGAAACCUUGAAGGAGAAAAUAUUGGCGAAAGCGAAUACUUGCGAGAAAGCUAUGUCGAAGAAGGCGAAGUCCACGGUGGGACAGCUCGUCACUAUUGGACUUGGAAUGCUUGUAAAGAUGUUGCGCACCGAGGUCAUUGUUCUCUUGUUGACCCUCUAUUUCGCCAGUUCAUCGUAUGUCUUGAGCACCUAUAUCAGCGUCAUCGUUGGACACCUCCUCGCUGCUUUCAUGUUUGGAGUUUUCAAUAAGAGUCUCUAUGCGAACGCACGAGAAGCUGGUGGUGGUAUUGCCGCUCCAGAGACCUUCAACCACGAUCGCGUUAGCUGGUCUGCCGUUGUCUGUUCAGGAGUCCCUUUUGGAUCAGGGGCAUUUUCUCUUUUCCUGUCUACUAUCACGUAUCUCGUUGAUGUCUACAAAGCUAGAGCCGCAGCCUCAGCUCUCGCUGCAAAUGGAGUCAUAAGAUAUAUUCUAGGAGCAACAUUCCUUCUCUUUACUGUGCAAAUGUACCUUUUUGUAUGA